AUGGAAGUCGGCACGGAUGAUAAACAGCCCGAAGCUGUGAAUCCACUAGAAAUCCAUCCCGAAUCCCCCUCCGAUGCUCCCGGUGCAGAGGAAGAGCCAAAGUCUAGCCCCUCCGUUCGAUUUCAGUCCAAGGUACAAGAGAUUGGCCCUGUGGAGCUGUUGCCCGAAACAGAUCAGACUAGGGAGGAUGAGCAGGGUUCCUAUGGCCACAAUGCAAGUGGCUCAGAAGGCGUGACCCAGGAACAGAUACGUGCUCUUACCAACUCGAUGCGCACUGCCCACCUGCAAGGCCUCCGAAUAGCCAACUUCUCUUACGAGCCGUUCUCCCUCCCGGCGUCAAGGACUACAUCCCACGAUGACGGGUCAUCACACCACACCACCCGCCAACACACUCCGAUCUCGACCACAGGUCCCCAUUCACCAAUGCUCGGCGCCAAGGGCCACGACAUGCAGUCGCCUCCACUAACGCCCCUGGGCAGCGCCCAUGUCGACGGAGAAGCCAGGUCUCCCAGGUUGUCAGGUCUACAUCACGGCUCCGCAUCUCCGCAGGCGGCGACACGGGAAGCCUCGCCCGCCAGAAUGGCCCUGGCCGCACAACGGCCACAACGGCCGGCGUCUUCCGACGACAUCGCGCGCCGCCCAGCAUCCUCGUCAGGAGCGCAUGACCACCCGCUAGCCGGCAAUCACCGGAAUGGCUUGUUCAGCAUCGGCCCAACCACCAGCGGCUCUGGUGGCCCUUCCGGUGGAUCACUGCCAGUGUCACGGGAAUCAAGCGCUUCCGAACGGUCUGCCUCGCAGUACUAUUCGCGUCCCUUCACGCCUUCUGGUGACGCCAAUGAUCCGUACGCUGCCAACAAGCGCCAUCCUCAGAACAAGAUCGAGCCUCGCUUUGUUUUCUCGCGACUGUCGAGAAGGAAGGAUCACUCGCCGACCGCUUCUUCCAUCUCUCUUUCCAAGUACAAGGAUGAGAAACGUCACUCAGGCUUCUUUAACAAUCACCACCACCACAGGUCGGACACCGGCGAUACCGUCCAGGCCGAUGAAGGCUCCGCUUCAUCGCUGCACAGUCGCCAGGGUUCCAUGUCCGAUCUCAAGCGUUUCUUCAAACUCGGCCCGUCUCACCAUCACAAGAUCAAGCGAGCUGUGUCACCAGCUCUGUCCAUCCGCUCUGCUCGCUCCUCAAGGGCCACGGACAAUGCUGGUUCAAGAUCAAACGUGCAAAUGCCUUUUGCCGACGACUCGCUGUCGUCCAAAUACGGAAAGCUUGGUAAAGUCCUCGGCGCCGGCGCCGGCGGAUCCGUCCGCCUCAUGAAGCGAAGCGAAGACAGCACCGUUUUUGCCGUGAAGGAGUUUCGCGCGCGCCAUACCUAUGAAUCCGAGAAAGAGUAUGUCAAGAAGCUGACUGCCGAAUACUGCAUCGGCUCGUCUCUCCACCAUGGCAACAUCAUUGAGACUCUCGACAUCAUCAGUGAAAAGGGGAAAUGGUAUGAAGUUAUGGAGUAUGCGCCCUACGAUUUGUUCGCCAUUGUCAUGUCUGGCCGCAUGUCCCGUCCUGAGAUUGCCUGCUGUUUCUUACAGAUCCUGAGCGGUGUGACCUACCUGCACAGCAUGGGAUUGGCCCAUCGGGAUCUGAAGCUAGACAACGUCGUCGUCAGCGAACACGGCAUUAUGAAAAUUAUUGAUUUUGGCAGCGCUCAUGUGUACCAAUAUCCGUUUGAAAAUGGCGUUGUCAUGGCGUCAGGUAUUGUGGGUUCCGAUCCUUACCUGGCGCCUGAAGUCUAUGACGACCGGAAGUAUGACCCAACAGCAGUUGACAUCUGGUCGCUUGCUAUCAUAUACUGCUGCAUGACACUCCGCCGAUUUCCGUGGAAGGUUCCGCGCACGACUGACAAUUCCUACAAGCUGUUUGCUGCGGAUCCGACUCCAGGCCAUGAUCCCAUGCGGUUGGGCGAUCAGCGAAACAGAAGUUCAAAUGACACUCCUCGAUCAGAAGAUGAAAAGAAAGUCAAGGAAGCGAAAGCAGACGGUGUGGAAAAGGACGUCAAGGAAGCCAGAGUCGGCAAAGAUGACAAGGCCACGAAAGACGACAAAAAUGGAAAAAAUGGCCAGGCCGCUCGCCCAAGUUCCGACAGCAAGGAUGGCAAGGACGAAAAGAGCGAAAAAGACGAUAAGAAAGAGACUGGCAUUGACAAAGCUGGCGACAAAUCCGGCGACAAGCCCGCCGAGAAGAAGGAAGUCAUCAAAGGCCCGUGGCGGAUUUUACGCCUUCUUCCCCGUGAAAGUCGGCACGUCAUCGGUGGCAUGCUGAAAAUCGACCCCAAGGACAGGAUAAAGAUGGGCGAAAUUCUCAAGGACCCGUGGGUCUGUAACACGGUUAUCUGCCUCCAGACUCAGCCAGGAAAAGUGAUUCGAGCAAACACACACACACACGUCCUCGAAGCACCCGCGCCAGCUAUGAAGUAG